AUAAUCCCAAACUCUAUAAUAGAUCUCUCAAUAACUCCAUCCUGCUUUUGUUUUACAAAAUAAUUCAACGCAUAAUAUGGCUUCUGAAGUUGAUUACAGAAAGGGGGAAUACAGAACAAUUUUGAGCAUUGAUGGAGGUGGCAUUAGAGGUAUUAUUCCCGGAGUUAUUCUAGAAUUUCUCGAGACUGAGCUUAAGAAAUUGGAUGGAGAAAAUGCAAGAUUAGCAGAUUACUUUGAUGUAAUUGCUGGUACAAGCACAGGCGGUCUGGUUGCCUCCAUGCUUGCAGCUCCUGACAAGGACAAUCAUAAUAAACCUUUGUUUGCAGCAAAAGAUAUUGUCCCCUUCUAUAAAGAUCAUGCACCAAAAAUCUUCCCUCAACCAAAUUAUUUUUUGAGUUCAGUGGUAAAUAAGUUUUGGAAAGUUUUGGGCCCAAAGUAUGAUGGAGUAUACUUGAAAUCAUUGUUAAAGAAAAAGCUUGGAGAUCUAACACUCAAGGAAACGUUAACACAAGUUAUAAUUCCUACAUUCAACAUUAAGUAUCUUUUCCCUGUCAUUUUCACUACAGUUCAGGCCAAAAUGGAUGAGUUAAAUAAUCCAAAAUUGGCUGACCUUUGCCUCAGUACCUCUGCAGCACCAACUUACUUACCUGGUCAUGAAUUUGAAAUCAAGAACUCGGAAGGAACAGUUCGUAAAUUUGAUAUGAUCGAUGGUGGAGUUGCAGCGAAUAAUCCUACAUUAACUGCAAUAAUGCAUGAGAGAAAAGAGAUGAUCAUCAGAAAAGAAUUAGAAAGUGAGAAGAUCUGCGAGGAAGAAGACGUAUGCGAUAAUAUAUCAUCAAAAAAGAUGUUGAUCCUUUCUUUAGGGACAGGUACACCUAAAAAAAAUGGGAAGUAUAGUGCAGCUGAUUCUUCGAAAUGGGGAGUUUUGGGUUGGGUCUACAAUAAUGGAACUACGCCUAUCAUUGAUAUUUUCAGUGAUGCAAGUGCUGAUAUGGUGGAUUAUCAUAUUGGUACCAUCUUCCAGUAUGAACAUAAUGUUCAUAAAAAUGAUAAUAAUAAAAGGGAUCAUCUUCGUAAAAAGGAUUAUCUUCGUAUUCAGGAUGAUACAUUGACUGGUGAUUUAGCUUCUGUGGAUAUUGCAACCAAAGAGAAUUUAGAAAACCUGGAAAAAGUGGGAAAGAAUUUGCUGAAGAAAAUAGUUUCAAGGGUUAACUUGACAACAGGAGAUUUUGAAGAACUUCCUCAAGAAAAAGGAACCAAUGAAGAUGCUCUUAUUCAGUUUGCUAAACGUUUGUCACAGGAGAGAAAACUACGAUUUGCCAAUCAAUGAUCAAGAAGCCAAAACUAUUCCAUUUCAAACAUGGCUUCUUUUUCUUUUCAUUUUCUGUUUUAUUUCUUGUG